UUUAGGGUUUAUUUCUCUCUCCUCUCUCUCUCUCUCUAGCAACACAGAUGAAGAAGUCUUUGAUCCCUUCUCCUUCCUCACCAUUUCCUUCACGAUUGCUCUUUUCAGUAACUCCAUACAAUAAAUCUUUAACCUCCGCAUCUUGUUCUUCGUCAAUCGAUGAAACCACAAGUACACCAAUCACGAAUUCAGAACCACAAAACCCAAUCAAGAUCCAAACUUUUCAAAAACCCAUUUCAGAAAAUCCGCGUUUAAGCCAAGCAAAUGUCGUCGAGACGCUUUUAUCUAACUUCAACGACCCACGUUCAGCUCUUGAUUACUUCAGAUGGGCGGAGAAGCAGCGAGGUUUCGUACGAGAAAUUGGGGAUUCGUUUCUCGUGCUGCUACACAUUCUCGUAAGUUCCCAUUACCACCACGGUUCAGCUAGGAAUUUGCUCAAUAAUUACCUGUCUAGUGAUUCCGCCCCUUCGGGCGGUGUGCUUGUUCAACGCUUGAUUGAUUGUUCCGAUAAAUUUGGGUUUCGGCGGAGCCCUAGGAUUUUCGAUUACGCUUUGAAUGGAUACGUUAGGGCGCAGCGUUAUAAAGACGCAGAGGAUUGUUUUUACGCGUUGGUUUCUCGUGGCGUAAUCCCCUGUGUCCGUAUUUUGAAUAAUUUCCUACAUUCAUUGAUUAGGACGAGUAUGAUCGACGAGGCGCGUGGAUUGUUCGGUGGCAUUGUUUCGAAGAAGCUCAGUUACGAUUGCGCCACGGUGAACAUGAUGAUGUGUGCGAGUUUGAGAGAAGGCAAAACCGAAGAGGCUGAAAAGUUCUUUCUAGAGGCGAAGAGAAGUGGGAUCAUUCUCGAUCCUUUUGUCUAUAAUACUGCAGUUCGGACUGCUUGUAUGAAACCGGAUUUAAAUGUUGCGUUUGUUUUGUUGAGUGAGAUGAAAGAGAAGGGUUGGGUUCCCGCCAAGGGUACGUACACGCACUUAAUAUGUACUUGCGUUGAACAGAGGAAUAUGACCGAGGCAUUAAGGCUUAACGACGAGAUGAUUAGUAAAGGGCAUCCGAUGAAUUUGGUGGUUGCUACUAGUUUGAUGAAGGGUUAUUAUCAACAGGGUAAUCUAAAUAGCGCUUUGGAAUUGUUCGAUAAGGUUCUUGAAAACGGGCUUUCUCCGAACAAGGUCACGUAUGCAGUCCUCAUAGAAGGGUGCCGUGUGCAUAGAAAUAUGGUGAAGGGGAGAGAGUUGUAUGAGAAGAUGAAAUCUGCGGGUAUUUUGCCGACUGUUUAUAUUGUGAAUUCUUUAAUUAGAGGGUGUUUGCAGAAUCAACUGAUCGACGAGGCGAAUAAGAUAUUCGACGAGGCUGUUAGCGAUGGGAUUGCCAAUGUUUUCACUUAUAAUAAUUUAAUAUCUUGGUUCUGUGAAGGGGGUAGGUUAGGUGAUGCGAUUAGGGUAUGGGAUAAGAUGAUUGAUCACGGAAUUGAACCGAGUGUGGUUUCUUACAACAAUAUGAUUUUGGGUAACUGCAGAAAAGGUUUUAUGGAUGUGGCGGCGGCUUUGCUGUCUGAAAUGGCGGAAAAAAACGUGAAACCGAAUGUUAUUACGUAUAGUAUAUUGGUCGAUGGGUAUUUCAAGAAAGGUGAAACUGAAAAGGCCAUUGCUCUCUUUGACAGUAUGUUGACCUCGGGUAUUUCCCCCACCGAUGUAACGUACAAUACAGUCAUAAACGGGUUGUGCAGAGUUGGGCAAACCGUUGCAGCAAAAGAUAGAAUGGAAGAGUUUGUGGCGAAGGGUUUCGCUCCCAUUUGCAUGACGUAUAACAGCCUUAUAAACGGAUUUAUGAAGGAAGGCGAAGUCAACUCCGCAUUGGCUGUUUACAACGAGAUGUGCGGAACGGGAAUUCUACCCAAUGUGAUCACUUACACCACUUUGAUCGACGGGCUUUGUAAGAGAAAAAAUCUUGAUCUUGCAUUAAAGAUGCAAAGGGAGAUGCGUGCAAAAGGUAUCGAAAUGGAUGUAACUUGUUAUAACGCUCUAAUUGACGCCUUCUGCAAAAGAAACGACAUGAAUAGCGCACGUGAACUGUUCGACGAAAUUCUCGACGUCGGCCUUUCUCCAACUACGGGUGUAUACAACACCAUGAUUGGUGGAUAUAGAGACUUGUACAACAUGGAAUCGGCUCUCGAUUUGUACAAAAGAAUGAAAAACGAAGGGAUUCAAUGCGAUUUGGAGACUUACACUACUUUAAUAGACGGGCUGCUAAAAGUUGGGAACAUAGUGCUUGCGUCCGAAACGUACCAAGAGAUGCUUGCCAAGAAUAUAGUGCCGGAUGUUAUUACGUACUCGGUUUUAGUACGAGGUCUUUGUAAUAAAGGACAGGUGGCAAAUGCUCGGAAGGUUCUAGAAGAGAUGGUCAAGAAGAGUAUUACUCCGAAUGUGCUUGUAUAUAAUACGCUAAUUGCCGGAUAUUUUAGGGAGGGUAAUUUGCAAGAGGCGUUUAGAUUGCACGACGAAAUGCUCGAUAGAGGUCUUGCGCCCGAUGAUGCAACUUAUGACAUACUUGUGAAUGGGAACUUUAAACAAACUGUUUCGUCCAAUGGAGCUUUAAGUGUAUGAAUCGUCUUUGCCCGCGGCAUUGUUGACAAUUUACUGAAUCGCCUCUGUGAAGAUUUCGGAAUGAGAUAUUCGUAUUUCCUCGUGAGUUCAAUUUGGUGGCAAAUAGGGAGCUCUUUUUUUCGAGGAAGUACGAGGUUUUUCGACAUAUGUAUGAGUAACUGUGUUGCUUCUUUCUAUCAAUAAAAUAUGAAAUUUUUAUUCCGA